AUGUCUUCCCCAAGCAAACGCAGAGAAAUGGAUUUGAUGAAACUGAUGAUGAGCGAUUAUAAGGUGGAGAUGAUCAAUGAUGGGAUGCAAGAGUUCUAUGUGGAGUUUCAUGGACCCAAAGAUAGCCCAUAUCAAGGUGGUGUGUGGAGAAUAAGAGUGGAGCUUCCAGAUGCUUAUCCGUAUAAAUCUCCUUCCAUUGGUUUUAUCAAUAAGAUAUACCAUCCAAAUGUUGAUGAAACGUCGGGCUCAGUAUGUUUAGAUGUCAUCAAUCAGACAUGGAGUCCUAUGUUCGAUCUAGUAAAUGUGUUCGAAGUCUUUCUACCACAACUUCUUCUAUACCCAAAUCCAUCAGAUCCUCUGAAUGGAGAGGCAGCAGCUCUAAUGAUGCGGGAUCGCAACGGCUAUGACCAAAGAGUAAAAGAGUAUUGUGAAAGAUACGCCAAGCCUGAAGAUGCUGGAGCUGCACCUGAAGAAAAAUCCAGUGACGAGGAGCUGAGUGAAGAUGAAUCUGCAUCCAGUGAUGAAGAAGUUGUUGGGAAAGUCGAUCCCUAG